ACAUCAGAUAAGACGACUAACAUUUAGUCAUUUAGUCAUAUGUUUCACCGUUUUUCAAGCGAAAUAAAUAGUUCAUUCAUUCACAGAUCUUAGAAUGAAGUCUUUAUUUUUGUUAUUGUGCUUAAUUUGCGCCACUAAAAGGUCACAAUGUGAUCCUGACCCUGAUAUUGGAUCAUUCUUUUCGUCACUGUUUGGAGCUCCCCAGGAUACACCAAUUCGUUCAUUCGGAAAUGGGUUCUGGAACGUUCGAGUUCCUUUUCAAAUCAAACUUUUAGAAAUUGGCACACAUAUGUCACUCAUUCAACUAAGUAAUGGAAAUUUUCUGGUCAUUGAUACGGUAGCACUUAAUGAUCAACUUGAAAGAGAGUUGAACGAGCUAACUAACAAUGGAACGAAAAUCGAAGCUGUCUUAGCCGUGCAUCCAUUCCACACGUUAGCCUAUUCUGCGUUUCACAGACUGUAUCCGAAUGUACCAUACUAUGGCACUCCGAGACAUUUACGAAAACUGACUGAAAUAAAAUGGGCUGGUCAACUGGAUGAUAAGGAAAAUAAGGAGCUACUCUCAAAAUGGGCACCGGAUGUUGAACUUCGAAUUCCUGCUGGUGCCGAAUAUUUUGAUCCCCAGCCAGAAGACACCAAUCACUUUGUAAGCAUUUUCGUUUAUCAUCGAAACUCCAAAACAUUGCACGUUGACGACACCCUAAUAUACGCCGAAGAUCCCAGUUGGCCGGUCAGAUUGGUUUUCGGUGUUCAGGCAGGCUCUUUGAAAUUUCAUCCAUCUAUGGCAGAUGGGGGAUUAUAUCGAACCGUCGAGGCACCACUUCAAUUUAGAGAUUGGAUGAAGAAAUUGCUAGACGAUUGGGACUUUGAAAAUUUGUGCACUGCUCACAUUGGCGUCAAAAAAGGUGGUGCUCAUGAUGCCGUUCGAGAACUGGUGAAUGAAUCAGAAAAACUGUUUGAAGAACUAAGCGAACGGAAUAGGAACAAUUAACAGCAAAACCUAUGAGGUGUGAGUUUGAAUAAAAAAUGUAAAAGUUCGUUGCUCUCGAAUAUAAUUAGUGUUAGUUAAUAA